AUGGCUACCCCCAGUGUCCUUACCUUUGAUGCUGAGGGUCGUGGUGUUGACUUCGAAGUCUGGGUAGAUGACCUACAGCUCUUCCUACAGUGCGAUAGGGUAGACGGACUCUCUCUGUUCGAUCUCACCUCUGGUGCCUCUCCUGCCCCGCCUACAGAUGCUGACAGCACUGUUCGCUCACAGUGGGCCACCCGCGAUGCUGCUGCCCGUCUUGCUGUGCGUCGCCACAUACCCACCGCUGAGCGUGCGCACUUUAGUCAGUACAAGAGUGCUAGGACCUUGGACCACUUCCUCUCUGUUUGCCCCACCACACUCACCGUUGACCUCCUCGAGGAGCGCCUCCUGGCAGCUGAGAAGAGUAUAGUCGUUGUAGGAGCCUCUAGGGGUGACCCGCGUGCCCCUAUCUUUGAGGGGUGCUCCCCCUCCCCCCUUUUCCCCUCUGUUGCCUCUGCUGCUGCCGUCGACUUCGUUGGCACCGAGUCGGUCGGCGCUGCGUCUGCCCCUAGCGGGCGACGCCGCACCGGCAAGGGCAAGGGGGGCAAGGGCGCUGGAGGGGCUGGCGGGGGCGGUAGAGGUGGAGGUGGAGGAGGCGGAGGAAGUGGGGGUGGUGGUGGGGGUGGUGGCGGGGGUGGGGGCUUCGGUAGAGGGGGUGGCGGCGGAGGCGGCGGCGGCGGUGGCGGUGGGAGCGGAGGAGGUGGCGGUGGCGGCGGUGGCGGAGGUGGCGGCGGAGGAGGUGGAGCUGGUCGGGGCGGCCCUGCGCAGCGGGGCGGCUUAGAUGGUGGUCAGCGCCAGCAGCAGCAGCGCACUCGUGAGACCCCGUCCCCCCAGCAGCUUCGUGAGUGGUACGCUGGACGUCAGCGAGGUGGGGGUACUAGUCCCUGUACCUACGUCCUCCGUACCGGCGACCGCGCUGGUGAGCAGUGCGGGGGCUUGCACUCCACCCAGCGCUGCUUCGGCCGCCUGACGGACGCUUGGCGUCACCAGUUCCCUGACGCCACUGAGAUCCCUCGCUGGGGAGAGCUGUCUAGGGCGGGGGUUGCUAUCUUUGAUCUUGACUAUGAUGCUAUUCUUGCUGCCAUGUAUGCUGUGUCUGCUAGUGAUGAGGGUGACAGUUACGUGUGUGUUCCGCCUAACCCGGGCAUUCAGGCUGCUGCUCUAGGUGCUGGUGAGGCUGCUGCUCUAGGUGCUAGUGCGUCUGCUGCCUUAGGUGCUAGUGAGUCUGCUCUCUCAGGCACCACGUCGGCUCAGGCCUUACAUACCUUCACCCUUGACUCGGGUGCUUCCCGCUCCUUCUUUUGA